AAUUUGGGCCCAAAAUUUUCUCUCUCCUAAAUUACUCUACUACACUCCUACUCUUCUAUACUCCCUCUCUAGAACUUUCUCUCUCCAAAACAACCAAAAAAAACCUAUCUAAGUACCUCAACUUCACAUCAACGCUAACUCAAAAAUUAUUAUCACUACUAAUACCACACAAAAAAAAAAAGGUAAAACCAAUUUCAAUUUUCAAAGUGUUUUCUUCUAAAAACUCUGCUUCAAUUUGAAGCUGUCUUUUUUUUACUGUCUUCCCUCUUUCUCUUCUUCUUUUUUUUCUCUCUCCUCUAAAAUCUUCGCAGUUCUAGGGUUUUUCGUUCACUCAACUAUAUUUCGUCGACUAAUUUCUAGGGUUAGGGUUUAUCGGAAGCUUUUUCCGAUCAUCAAAUAUGGCGGCAGAGAAGUUACGGGAUUUAAGUCAGCCUAUUGAUGUUCCUUUACUUGACGCUACUGUUGCCGCUUUCUAUGGCACUGGAUCUAAAGAAGAGAGGGCUGCAGCAGACCAGAUUCUACGAGAAUUGCAGAACAAUGCUGAUAUGUGGCUCCAAGUAGUUCACAUUCUUCAGAACAGUCAAAACUUAAAUACAAAAUUCUUUGCGUUACAGGUUUUGGAAGGUGUCAUUAAAUACCGAUGGAAUGCAUUGCCUGCUGAACAGCGAGAUGGAAUGAAAAAUUACAUUUCUGAAGUUAUUGUUCAGCUUUCAAGAGACGAGGCUUCUUUCAGGCGGGAAAGGCUAUAUGUCAACAAAUUAAAUGUCAUACUUGUUCAGAUUUUGAAGCAUGACUGGCCUGCUAGGUGGCAAAGCUUCAUUCCCGAUCUUGUAAGUGCUGCUAAAAGCAGUGAAACAAUUUGCGAGAACUGCAUGGUCAUAUUAAAGCUGUUGAGUGAGGAGGUUUUUGAUUUUUCAAGAGGUGAAAUGACGCAACAAAAGAUUAAGGAACUAAAGCAGUCUUUGAACAGCGAGUUUCAACUUAUUCAUGAGUUGUGCCUGUAUGUGCUAUCAGCAUCUCAGAGGACUGAGUUGAUACGGGCUACGCUAUCUACACUUCAUGCGUUCCUUUCAUGGAUUCCUUUGGGAUAUAUUUUUGAAUCUCCCCUGCUGGAAACUCUCUUGAAAUUCUUCUCCGUGCCAGCAUAUCGGAAUCUCACCCUUCAGUGCUUAUCCGAGGUUGCAGCCUUGUCAUUUGGUGACUUCUACAAUGCGCAAUAUGUUAAGAUGUACAAUGUAUUCAUGGUUCAGCUACAGGCUAUCCUCCCUCCCACGACAAGUAUUCCUGAUGCUUAUGCAAAUGGAUCAUCUGACGAGCAGGCUUUUAUUCAGAACUUGGCACUGUUUUUUACUUCAUUUUUCAAGGCGCAUAUCAGAGUUUUGGAAGCUUCUCAAGAGAGCAUAGCUUCACUCCUGAUGGGUCUUGAAUACCUUAUUAACAUCUCUUAUGUAGAUGAUACGGAGGUUUUCAAGGUUUGCUUGGACUACUGGAACUCCUUAGUCUUAGAGUUGUUUGAGGCACACCAUAACGUGGAUAAUCCAGCGGCAGUUGCAAAUAUGAUGGGGCUGCAGCAGAUGCCAUUUCUGCCUGCCAUCGCCGAUGGUAUGGGCUCUCAGCUCCUACACAGGCGGCAACUCUAUGCUGGCACCAUGUCGAAGUUACGUUUGUUGAUGAUUUGUCGAAUGGCAAAGCCUGAAGAGGUUCUGAUAGUUGAAGACGAAAAUGGAAAUAUUGUUCGUGAGACUAUGAAGGACAAUGAUGUUCUUGUUCAGUAUAAGAUCAUGAGGGAAACACUCAUAUAUUUGACACAUCUUGACCAUGAUGAUACAGAGAAGCAGAUGCUUAAAAAAUUAAGCAAGCAGCUGAAUGGUGAAGAUUGGUCAUGGAACAAUUUGAAUACCUUGUGCUGGGCAAUAGGAUCAAUAUCUGGAUCAAUGAUGGAAGAGCAGGAGAACAGGUUUUUGGUGAUGGUUAUUCGGGACUUGCUGAAUUUAUGUGAAAUUACGAAAGGGAAAGAUAACAAAGCAGUUAUUGCAAGUAAUAUCAUGUAUGUUGUUGGGCAGUACCCAAGAUUUCUGAGGGCACACUGGAAAUUUCUGAAAACUGUUGUCAAUAAGUUGUUCGAGUUCAUGCAUGAAACACACCCAGGAGUUCAGGACAUGGCAUGUGAUACGUUCUUGAAAAUUGUGCAGAAGUGCAAACGUAAAUUUGUUAUUGUUCAGGUUGGGGAAAGUGAGCCAUUCGUAUCUGAACUUCUUACUGGCCUUCCAACAACAAUUACUGACCUGGAGCCUCAUCAGAUUCAUAUGUUCUAUGAAGCUGUUGGUUAUAUGAUCAGCGCAGAAUCUGAUCCACAAAAAAGGGAUGAAUUUCUACGGCGCUUAAUGGAUCUGCCCAAUCAGAAAUGGGCAGAAAUCAUUGGACAGGCACGCCAAAGUGUUGAUGUGCUCAAGGAUGCUGAUGUUAUUAGGGCAGUGCUUAAUAUUUUACAGACAAAUACAAGUGCCGCCACCUCUCUUGGUACUUGUUUCUUCCAGCAGAUCUCAUUGAUCUUCUUGGACAUGCUUAAUGUGUACAGAAUGUAUAGCGAGCUUAUAUCAAAUACUAUUGCUGGUGGUGGGCCUUUUGCAUCAAAAACUUCAUUUGUGAAGCUUUUGAGAUCGGUGAAGCGAGAGACUCUUAAACUCAUUGAAACAUUCUUGGACAAGGCUGAGGAUCAGCCACAUAUUGGAACACAAUUCGUGCCCCCAAUGAUGGAUCCUGUUCUUGGGGAUUAUGCGAGGAAUGUGCCUGAUGCUAGGGAGUCUGAAGUGCUGUCUCUUUUUGCGACCAUAAUUAACAAGUAUAAGGCUGCAAUGAUUGACGAUGUCCCUCGCAUUUUUGAAGCUGUCUUCCAAUGCACCUUGGAGAUGAUAACAAAGAAUUUUGAAGAUUACCCUGAGCAUCGAUUGAAGUUCUUUUCAUUACUUCGGGCAAUUGCUACGCACUGUUUCGCUGCAUUGAUUCGGUUGUCUCCUCAGCAAUUGAAACUUGUUAUGGACUCGAUUAUCUGGGCAUUCCGUCACACUGAAAGAAAUAUUGCAGAAACUGGGCUUAACCUCCUGCUAGAAAUGCUAAAGAACUUUCAGACUUCGGAGUUCUGUAAUCAGUUCUACCGGACUUACUUCGUAACAAUUGAGCAAGAAAUAUUUGCUGUGCUGACUGACACAUUUCACAAACCUGGAUUCAAGUUGCAUGUGUUGGUCCUGCAACAUUUGUUCUGCCUGGUACAAUCUGGUGCUAUAACUGAACCUCUAUGGGAUGCGGCAACAGUCCCUUAUCCUUAUUCAAAUAAUGAGAUAUUUGUUCGUGAGUACACCAUAAAGCUGCUCAGUACAUCGUUUCCUAACAUGACACCUGCUGAGGUUACUCAAUUUGUCAAUGGACUGUUCGAGUCAACGAGUGAUCUUUCCACAUUUAAGAAUCACAUACGGGACUUCUUGGUGCAAUCGAAAGAGUUUUCAGCUCAGGACAACAAAGACCUCUAUGCAGAGGAGGCUGCUGCUCAAAGGGAGAGGGAACGUCAAAGAAUGCUCAACAUUCCGGGGCUAAUUGCUCCUAAUGAAAUCCAAGAUGAAAUGUUGGAUUCAUAGGAUGGCUAGUAUUCUAGUCAAAUUUGAUUGGUUUCUAACUCAAUUCUGGGGGCACUCCAAUUUUUAUAACAAAGGAUUUACGAGGCUGGUUUUGGCGAGCAUUACCCACCAUUUUCUUGUUCUCAACUCCUACAGUGUACUUGUUUUCCCCUUGUGAAUGAUGACGGUGCCCCUACGAGCAGCCUUGGUUCUUCUGAGUGGAUGGCUUAUAUUAUCAAUUGGCUGGAUGUAGAGUAUUUAGGUUUUUUUUAGGAACAUACAGGGCCGUUUAAGGGCUUUUCUAGAAAAAUUCAGUUAAUUUGUAUUCAUCUGGGGGGUUUAGAGGUGUGUUUAAUUUAGUUGGACUUUCUGGCAUCAAUCUUUUGAUGUAGUUAUGAUAUAUUGUUAAGGAAUACUGCGUUGGCUGGUUUGUGCAGAAAGUUUUCUUUUGGGGUCUCUCUUAGGAAUGGGGGUUUAUAUUAGACAAUUAGUGUAUUGAUAUUCACAAAGAGCAUUGUUCUUUGAUCUAUACAUACAAUUUUGUUCUACUAAAUGUGGUGUUAUAUAGUAGUGUGAUUUAAAGCAUUA